UCACUCUAAUCUGAAGGGAACACUGGUGCUAUGACUGUUUCUUGUAUGCAUGAGCAGCAAAACAGCAAAACAACAGGGCAGUAAAGACACAACAAUAAAUCGAGCAAAGUGAGAAACAGCUCAGCAAUGCGUGAUGUUGACGAUGUCUCUUUCCCGUCAGGCGUCUCUGAACAGCUCCAUGGAUUCCCUGAAAGCUGAGCUCAACACAGCGCUGCAGUGUGACAGAGAAGCUGAGGAUGAGGUGAAAAAGCUCAAGGAUCACACCGCCGACCUCAAGCAGCGCAUCGAGGCCCAGUUCAGCGACCUGCACCAGUUCCUGUACCAGGAGGAGAAGCUGCUGCAGGUGAAGCUGAAGACGGAGGAGCGGCGGGAGCUGAUCCGCCUGGACGAGCACAAGGCCCUGCUGUGCGUGGAGAUCUCCCGUCUGCAGAGGGCCGUGCACGAGAUAGAGGACAAGCUGAAGGAGCAGGACCCCUUCACCCUGCUGCGAAGCAUCAAAGUCUUGCUUCAGAGCAGGCCGUCGCUGAAGUUUGAGAAACCAGCGUUUACGCCACCCAGUCUGUGCGAGGGCCGGUUUGCGGGGCCCCUGCAGUACAGAGUGUGGAAAUCCAUGAAAGGAAGCAUCUACCCAGUUCCAGCAGCCAUCACAUUUAACUCCAGCACGGCCAACCCUUGGCUCAGCCUGACCUCCUCCCUCACCUGCGUACGCUACCAGACCUUCAACCACACGGUGCAGGACAACCCCUACAGGUUCAACGCUGCCCUGUCGCUGCUCGGCAGCCAGGGCUUCACCCACGGACGCCACUACUGGGAGAUCGAAGUCUACAGCAGCACGGUGUGGACGGUGGGGGUGGCUCGAGAGUCAGUGCCCAGGAAGGGAGUCAUCAAAGCUCUACCAGCCAACGGAUUCUGGACUCUCUCCCUUUCUUAUGGGAUUCAGUACAUGGCUGGCACCUCCCCGCCAACUGUGCUGUCCCUGGAGGAGCAGCUGGCCAGGAUCGGAGUGUACCUGGACUACAAGAGGGGCCUGGUGUCCUUCUACAACGCAGAGAGCAUGACACACCUCUACACCUUCAGGGAGAACUUCACUGAGACGCUCUACCCGUACUUCAACUUAGGCUUCCUGGAUAAAGUGCAUGAAAACGAGCCUCUCAAAGUUUUCUUACCAAAGAUUUAACAAACUGGAAAAUUGACAAAACAAAAGAGUCAAAUUACAAACCAAACAAGAAUGAUUCAAACUGCAGAAAACAGGAGAAAUCAUACUUCAUCAUAUACAGCAUUAGAUACAUACUUGAUAUUAGACCUGUGUCCAAUAAGGAGACAUUGUUCAGUAGACUGGAUCUACUGCCACACAUUUCAGCUCAGAGAAGCUGUGCUUCACUGACGAAUGUGAAACUUUCCGGUUAUUCACCAUUAUGUGCUACUAUGGUUAUUUUGUAAUCAUUUCUUUUUGUGCAUGAUUCACUAUUCAAGUAAAACUCAUAAUCAAAUGGUUUUAUUUUUGUUGAAAUUUGACUGUUCGUAUUUUUGUUGAUUAUAUUGUGUCAUUCUAACAAUGUAUUAGAUGCAUUCAGGAGCUUUGGGAAAUGUCAGGCCUUGUGAAAACAUUUUUAUAGCUUUGGACAUUUACUUUGUACUUUUGUACGAGCAAGAAUUGAAUGCCCCUGCUGCUGGUUGAUCCACAGUCUGGUGCAUGUUAAGUGGCACACAACAAAACACAGAACUAUAUGGGAAACCUUUUAAUAAAAGUAUUUGAGAAUGA